AGUUAAUUGAACAUACAAUAUUAACAUGAAACAAGCUAUUUUAUGUUUGGCCCUUUUCGGCUUCGCAGCCUGUGGACGCUUGGAUAACGGAUAUCUUCCUCCAAACAACAAUGGAAGAGGUUACCAAGACAGUGCUAGUACUAACUUUGCCCCAAGACCUUCAUUCGGUGGCCAAUCGACAGGAUCUUUCGGCAAAACUUCCUCAUUUGGAUCUUCUGGAACUUUUGGAGCUUCCCAAGGUUUUGGAUCAUCUUUCGGAGCUUCCAAAGCCUUUGGAGGCAGCGUAGCACCUCAACAAUCCUAUGGAGCUCCAUCUUUCGCUGCUAAACAAUCUUUUGAAGGUUCUGUAGCACCACAGCAAACCUAUGGUGCCCCAGCUUUCGGUUCCAAAUCAUCCGGACAGGCUUUUGGAGGUGCCGUAUCGUCCCAGCAAGGUUAUCAAGCUUCUGGAAACUUUGGAGGUGUAGGACAAUACAAUGGAUACUCUGGAAACCAAUACCAAAAAUCUGCUGAACAACAAACAGCAAUCGUACGUUUGGAAAACAACAAUAAUGGUGAUGGUACCUACAACUUCCUUUACGAAACCGAAAAUGGCAUCCAAGCUCAAGAACAAGGUUCAGGAGGCAUCCAAGCUGAUGGCGGUUUCUCCUACAAAUCCCCAGAAGGUCAAAGUUUCGAAGUAACCUACACUGCCGACGAAAACGGUUUCCAUCCUCAAGGAGCCCAUCUCCCAACCCCACCACCAAUCCCAGAAGCCAUCUUGAAGUCCAUCGAAGACAACAAAGCCUCCGCCGCUCGUGGUGAAAACCAAGACGGCCAAUACAACGAAGAAUACAACCAAGAAGUUAAAGCCACCUACGGUGCCCCAAAUGCUUUGUACGGAGCUCCACAACAACAACAACAACAGCAACAGUUCAACAGAGUAGCCCAAAGCCCCUUUGGACAACAACCACAAGGGCAAUACAAAGCUCCACAACAGCAGUACAGGGCUCCACAGCAACAAUACUCGACUUCUCAGCAACAGUACAGGGCUCCAGUAAAUGCAGGUCCGGCUCCAGCCCAGCGUACCUACAUUCCUCCAGCAGCUAACACCGGUAACGGAAAUGGAGGUUACAGAUAUUAAGUUAUUGUGUUAGAUUGUGAUGUUGUAAUAAAGGUGUAAU